AUGGCGGAGAGGUUUCGUGACGAGGAGGCCAACGAGGCGUUGGACCCGGAGCUCUUGUACUCCAAGGAAUACUGCAUUGGUCGGUUACGCGCUGUUGCCAUCAAGAUCAUCGACAUUGAAAACGCCGAGGACGAAGUCGAAGACAUUAUUCAAGAAAUCGCCAUUCUGUCCGAACUGCAGUCGCCGUACGUCACAAAGUAUUAUGGCUCGUAUGCCAAGGGUGCCGAGUUGUGGAUUGUCAUGGAGUUUUGUGCCGGUGGUAGUUGUGCGGAUUUGAUGAAGCCAGGCUUGAUUGAGGAGGAUUAUGUUGCGAUUAUGUUGAGGGAGCUGCUGCUGGGGCUGGAUUAUUUGCACUCUGACAAGAAGCUGCAUCGGGAUAUCAAAGCUGCCAACGUAUUGCUUGGAGCUGGCGGUCAGGUCAAGCUGGCGGAUUUCGGUGUCUCCGGCCAACUCUCUGCUACCAUGACCAAGAAGAAUACCUUUGUCGGAACCCCGUUCUGGAUGGCGCCGGAGGUUAUUAAGCAAUCUGGUUACGAUCACAAGGCCGACAUUUGGUCGCUGGGCAUUACGGCCCUGGAAUUGGCCAAUGGCGAACCGCCGUACGCCGAUAUACAUCCUAUGAAAGUGCUAUUCCUUAUCCCUAAGAAUCCUGCCCCUCGGCUAGAAGGCAACUUUACCAAAGCGUUCAAGGACUUUGUCGAGCUCUGCUUGCAGCGGGACCCGAAGGACCGGCCGACAGCUAGAGAUCUCUUGCGACAUCCGUUUAUCAGAAAAGCGAAGAAGACGACAUAUCUCACAGAACUUAUCGAAAGACAUAACCGAUGGGCCGUCACACACAAGAGCGAUGAUGAGGAACAUUGGGAUGCCCAGGAAGGUGCUGCUCCCGCAGAACGAGAAACGGUGGAUGAGGACAUGUGGGACUUUGGGACCGUCAGACUGGUUGGGGAUCGCGGCGGCCUGGUUCAUCGACCAGGUUUGCACGAGAGUACGACCAAUGCCCGGUCCUCACGACCAUUGGAUACCUCCAAUGACCAGAGCGAAAAACGUCGUGAUGCCAGCCCGUUAAAGACCAAAAACAUUGCUCUACAGCCCAGCGACACGGUCAAGGCCGGCAACGCCGCCACAUCAAGGCAGUCGAGUCCGCAACGGAAGCCGGUGCCAGAAGAUGUUACUACAGCAUCACCAACCAGAUUACCGCCGUCUGCGAGUCCCAUCAGGACGUUGACGCGCGACACGCCUGAGACGCCUUCGAGUCAUCAUCCCUCACAACGACCGUUGCCGCCCGCGCCAACAUCACAGUCGCCAGAGUAUGAUCAGGAACUCCAGUAUCAGCUGCAGCGUGACAUUAACAUGCUCAAUCUGAAUAUGAGCCCGUCACCGGCCAGUCUUUCCCAUCACUCACAACACCCAGCAGACAAACAGCUUCCACGGGCGCAGCAAGACUCACCUACAAGACAAGCUGGUUCCCGCGUACCAUCCAUGACGAUUCCAGAAAUACCUCCAUACAGGGGGCCAUCAGCAUCGAGGGUCCCUUCCCAACAAGUAGCACAGUCACAGCGGCCACCUACUGCAGGCAAUCCCACGCCUCCACCGAAUCCGCACUCACCAGCACAAUCUGAUGUAUCUGUUCAGCCGUCAUCUUUCCCGUCUCCCGCUCCUGCUAAUCCCAAUGGAGAGCUGGAUGCGCUCAAUGAUGUCAUCUUCCCUGCGCUCGAAGAAGCCCUUAAGAGGCGGCAGAUUCGGCUACAACAAAUAUAUAGACCAGCGCAAAACGGUAGUCCUGUGUCAGCAGACCAGCAACGAGCAGAGGCUGCGCACGAGAAGAUCAGAAAGCUGGUGUAUAAACUGGCCUAUGUUUGCAAGGAGAUUGACCAGUGCGACAAAGCAGAGCCUGUAGGCAUGGGUCGUGAGGUGGGAAACUUCCUGGAGGGAUUGCUUGAGGAGAUUCUUGUCCGGGUUGAGCCAUUGGACGAGGAGGAGAUGUGA